UACGAAAGUAAAAAGUUUCGUCGACAAACACGCUUUCUAACCGAAGUUCCCAAGUCUUCGAUCUUAAUAGAAAGUUCUUUAAUUUGGUCGAUCCGGUAAAAGGUGAUUUUUUUGUUUCCGACAAGACACAAGCUUCUUCUGGUUUGGUUAUUCGCCGAAUCCUAGAAACGAUGUUCAAUUUCUGGGGAUCAAAAGAGCAACAAGGGCAAUCUCGUCCUCCUCCGGAAGUUUCUUCUUCUUCUCAGCAGCAGCAGCAGCCAUGGUACUCUCCUUCUCUAGUCAGCUCUCCAAGCUCCUCAUCCCGCCCUCAAACAUCUGGUCAGAUUCCAGCACAUGUUUCACCAGGUGAAGCAGCUGGCAUUAUCACCUUCUUGAAAGACAAAAGUGUGGACGAGCUGAGGAAGCUUCUCUCUGACAAAGAUGCUUAUCAGCAGUUUCUGCUCUCUCUUGACCAGGUCAAGGUCCAGAACAAUAUCAAAGAGGAGCUCCGCAGAGAAACAUUGCAGCUGGCUAGAGAAAACUUGGAGAAGGAGCCACAAAUAAUGGAGCUCAGAAACCAAUGCAAAAUCAUCCGUACAACUGAGCUUGCAGCUGCGCAAGAAAAGCUUAAUGAGCUGGAAAGACAAAAAGAAGAGAUCCUCAGGUUGUACUCCCCUGGUUCUCUUCUGAAUAAACUUCAAGAGGCUAUGAAUGAGGUGGAUGAAGAAUCUGAAGCUCUGCAAGAGAAGUUCCUAGAGAAGGAGAUUGAUACAGCAGCGUUUGUGCAGAAAUACAAGAAGCUGCGUACUAUCUAUCACCGACGUGCAUUGAUUCAUCUUGCUGCUAAAACCUCAACCAUCGGUUGAAACUAAGAAAAGCUUAUCACUUACCUGAUGUUGUAAAAGAGAUGAUUUUGCUGAUUACGUUCAUAUGAUUGAUUGUCAAUCGAAACAAAAUUUGAAUUUUUCGUGAAUAAAAAAUCUUUGCAAUCUGAUA